GUACAUUGCUCUCCUUUCCUUUCUAAUCGCUUGCAGCCGACGUUCGCUCCAGGAGGAUUCCAUUCGACAGCCGCGCACCCUCAUCAUCUCCAUCGGCUUUCACGAACCGGAAACCCAAAAGAAAGGAAUAGAAGAAGAGCUAGCUUCCUCUCAACCGUCCGCUCCCUGGAUUCUUUUCCUCCUUGUUGCUCAUAGCAGGAGACAUUCAUCGUCACCGAAAUUCUGUCUGAGUUGUCGCUGACUCCAUCCGCUUUACCGCCUGGAUCCCUUGGAUUCUCAAUCACCGUAUAGCCGCGGCACAAACAACCAUCGCAGAGCUUAAGACUUAAACAAACAAAAUGGAGAGGAAGUUCAUCAGAUGCCGAGUAAAGAUUUGAGGGUCAUCAGAAAAGUAUAGCCAGAUUAUUUCUUCUUUAGUUUCUUUCAUGGAUUCCGUUGAAGAUUUUUUUGAAUCUUCCCUAAGUUUAGAGGAGACCCAAAAGAAAAAAGGCUAUGAAGAAGGUUACAAUCACGGCCUAGUGGCUGGCAAAGAAGAAGGUCGGCAAGUGGGACUCAAACAUGGCUUCGAAGUCGGCGAGGAGCUUGGUUUCUACAGGGGCUGUGUUGAUGUGUGGAAGUCUGCCAUCUGUGUGGACCCGACCCGGUUCUCCACCCGGGUCCAGAAGGGUAUAGGGCAGAUGGAGGAGUUGAUCGAGAAAUACCCUGUUAUGGAUCCGGAGAAUGAGACUGUACAGGAGAUUAUGGAGGCUUUGAGGCUUAAGUUUAGGGUUAUACGUGCUGCUUUGAGUGUGAAAUUGGAGUAUGAUGGUUAUCCAAAACCCAAGGUUAUUGAGUUUUGAUUUUGGGAUUCUGACUACUAUUUUUAACUAAUUUUCAGCAUGCUUGGAUUACCUAUAUAAAGUCUUCACUUUUAUUUGCAAAGCAAACUGUGUUCAGAUGGUUUUUGGCUUAGUUUUUGUGCCAGAGAAAAAAAUUAUUAACUGUCUCUUAUUUGAGCAGAAUAACAUGUGAUUAAAGUUUGUUAUUGUCUGAUUUUGUUGUUUAUUUCUUAUGAUAAUUAGCAAGUGAAUGCUUGUGAAUUGUUUGAUUAUCAGAUUCGGAACAGAUUUUUAUAUAAUGCAGUUGAAAGCCAGAUAAACAGCAACUGUUUUU